UUAUGCGUAAAAACCAGAGCGUUAGUUAAGCGUUUCAACGUAAACAAACCACAAAACGUUGAAAAAACAAUUUGUCAAACUUAACGAAUUAUACCGGUUUAAACGGACACAUUCAUCUUCUGGUAUACACAGAAUUUUAUUUUAUUGAGGAUUUUGGAUACACUUUUUAAAGGGCGUACCUGAUGUUAGAAUGACGGAUGUGGAAGACAGGCUUGAAUCAGGAGAUGUUGUCAUAGCAUCUUCAUUUCCAAGUCAUAAUGAAAUAGUGCUUCACAAUGAUGGAAUAACGAUCGAAACUUCGGAUCAAGAGUCAACAUACAAAAAGGAGAAGAGAGAGAAAAAACGACACAAAAGGCCAAGGUCAUUCAAGGACGAUUAUGCGCAGUAUGCUCAGAUUGGAAUCCACGUUGACAAGCCUAGCUCACCUAUUUCUGAAAAAUCUUCGUCUACUAAGUCUAAAGCACCGAAAUCACCAACUUCUAUCUAUACUGUUGGCGGAAGUGACGAAAAGCCAAAACUUGAACUUAAAGCACGAGAAGUGUCUACGAGACAAUGUACUUUUGAAAUAGGUGAAGAGUGGGAACAGUUUCAAACCAUCCACCCAAAUAAAUCUAUAAGCUGUCCGCCGAGCCCAGUUAGCAGCAGAAAGGACGAUGCAAUAUUAAGCGGCCGUGACAACCCCGGGUACGCUGCGAGCGAACCUGGGGCAGAAAUCGAUCAGGAUUUGACUGAUUCAUCUGAGAAAACUAAGGAUCCAUUUCCGUUCCAUUUCCUGUUCAACUCUUCUUCGUCCAGUCCGCUUAAACAGCACCACAUUGUUCCAAAUCCUUUUAACAAAAUAAAUCAUCGAUUCCACAGCACGCUGCAAUGUCCGUGUUUCCUGUUUUUCUUCUUCCUGUGCUGUUUACCGGCAGUGCACUUGAUGCAGAAGUCUGACCGCUCUUUCAAGAACGGAAACAAUCGCGGAGCCAAGAAUUAUGGGAAAGCUUCAACGUUCUUGUAUAUUUUUGGUUCUAUUUUCGGCGUUGCUUUCCUCUCCGUGGCAAUAUAUUUUGCAGCAGACUAUGUGCGUCAGUUUGCCAAAUAAACUAAACCUUACUUCCUCAGUGUUUUAGCUACCAUGGGCUAUUUGUGCCAGUAUAAGAACGUACACAAUGAGCAGGUUUGGAUUCAUUUUGUAUAUAACAUGUUGUAUACGUCUACUGGGACAAAGCAAUAUACUAGAAACUUAAAGAUAAAUUUAUGGAGAAACCCUUGUAAUGAAUAUUACUUCUUUGUAGAUGAUAUCUAUUUCAUUUGAGUAUACCAUUAUCCAUAGUAAACCAACGACAAACAAGAGCUGUCGGGGGACAGCAACGCUCGACUAUUUAAAUAGCCUUAUCAACUGAAUGAAUAUAAAAGUCGAAAAAGGGCACAAUUUUAUAAAAAUGCAAAACAGAGUUAUGGAACCUGUACUGUGUAUGUCAACUUAUCGCAGUGGACAAGUGUGUAAAGUUCCAAUCCAUUAGUGGGUAAUGAGCUACCAGCUUACAUGCAAAAACUUAACCAUAAAUUGCUAAUUCGAAAAGGUGCAUAAUUUUGUAAAAUGCAAUGUAGAGUUAUGGAACCUGUGCACUGCAUGUCAGAUUAUCACAGCGAACAAGGAAUGAAGAUUCAAUCCAUUCCAACCAGUGAGUACUGAGAUAUUAGCUUAACUCGAAAAAGGGGCAUCAUUUUGUAACAAAAUCAAAAUGGAUUUAUGAAAACUGUGCAGUGUAAAUCAGUUUAUUACAUUGAAGAAGUGUAUGAAGUUUCAAUCCAUUCCGGCAAGUUGUUACUGAGAUACCAGCAUAAGCGGACGCCGACGCUGUCGCACGGACCAGUUCAGUAGCUCUACCUAUCUAAAAUGCAUUACAGGCUGUCAGGUGAAUAUAUAGUUUUAAUCUUUCAUAUAUCACUAAUCCAUGAUCUAAUACAUAUAUCUAUAGUUAUAUAUGUAAUUAGUUCUUUAGUGAACGCUUGUUCCUCGAGUCCUAGCAUGGACGGUAUGCCAUUUAGUUGUGUUCAAAUGAUGAUACCAUGUUAUCAUAUAUUAAACCUGUAUAUUGAAUCACGCCAUAAUAUACUUACAACAGUGUUAACUGAAAAUGUAUGUUAAACAGAUGCGUAUUUUAUAUAUUUUCAUUAA